AUGGACAUUGCCCCAGGUGCUACCCACAAGAACCACGUAACAGAUCCCUGCACGCUAGGGAUGGACGCGAGCACACGACCUGGCUUGCCAGCCAAGGGGAAGCUGCCUGAGGACUGGCAGGUCCUGGAGGAGCAGUUCCUGUGCAUGGGGCGAUAUGGCCCCAUUUCCCGGGCCACCCUCGUCAGAAGAGGAUCUUUGGGGCCUUCGCUGCCCGUGAUUCUGAAGAAACUACCCGUGGCCUCCAGCCCCCAGGAGAUGAAGCAUUUUAUAGAGCUGAUGAAGUUCCACAUCCAGAUCUGUACCCAUGACAGCCUGGUGAAGGCCCUGUGGUGUCAGAGCCAGACGCUGCCCCUCUGCCUCGUCCUGGAAGCCAUGAGUCUCGGGAACUUCCUGGGCUUCCUGUGGCAAACCCGUCAGGGGAGCGUGCCCAGGAAGGGGCAUAUUCAUGUGCUGACGGAGAAGAAAGUGUUUGCCAUGGCGAUCCAAAUUGCACGCGGGCUGGACUAUCUGACAGCAAGCCAGAGGCUGAUCCACGGCGACGUAGCAGCGCGAAACGUCCUGAUCCACCAGGAUCUGACAAGGUCUCCCGCCGCCCGGCCGUCUAAGGAGGCAGCUGAGGUGCCCAUCAAGUGGCUGCCACCGGAAAGGAUCCUGAAGCACCCGGUCACCGCCAGGAGCGACGUCUGGGCGUUUGGGAUCCUGCUGUAUGAAGCCGUCACACUGGGCGCUCCCCCUUACCCGGCCCUGCAGCCCUCCGAAGUGCUCCCCUGGCUCCAGCGCCAGCACCGCAUGGAGAAGCCAGACCAGUGCGGGGACGACCUGUAUCGUAUCAUGAGGAGCUGCUGGCAGUGGAAAGCUUCUAAGAGGCCUACGUUUUCACAGCUGAUUGACCAGCUAGACUCUCACGUGCCCCGUGCAAACGAGGCUGAGACGCUUGCUGCCACUGAAAGGCUGGACCUCAGUGACUACCAACGCACGGCUGGGGUGUCCCCUAGAGAAGUGCAACUCUGUCUCUCUGAGCCUUGUGUUAUGCACAAGGCAGACAGCCUGUGAAAGGCCCAGCAGAGAAAUAGUGACUGUGACAAAGUCAGUAUUUCCAUGUUUAUUUUUUCGGGAAAAGCCUACACGAGAUGGAAAGGAUCUGAAAACUCCAUGGACCUGACCAGGCAAGGAAACUCCUGUCCGAACCCAGCACCAAGGAAUAGCUUCUGAUUUCUUGUGUAUUUUCAGAUGUCAAAAACAUGGCACAGAAGGCAGCUAAGGAAGCAAUCUUGGCAUUAGCCAAAAUGGGGACAGAACACACUAAGAAUACAACUGUUAUUUACAUCCCUCCCCUAUGUCAAAACAUUGGUGAGUGCCCGAUAGGAAAAAAACAUCUUAAGUACAAAUAAAAUCCCUCCAACCUGAAAACCAGGGAACUAGCUUAGAGCAGGAGACUGGGAACCAGGAGUUGCAGGUCUAGCUCUGCCACUGACUAGCCACAACCUUGGGAAAAUGAACACUUUCAUAAGAGGCCGGUGAUAUUUAGGGCCUAACUCGAUAAGGAUGUUAAAUGUAGAUUAAUCAACUAAUUGAAUAGCUGAUGGAAUUUGCAUCGAUUAUUUGAUUAGUCGAUAAGGACACCUCUGCCUUGAAAAUGUAGCAAGAACCUGCCAGCUCUUGCCACAUUUCAAAGGCAGAUGUGCUGCGAGGAGCACAGGGCUGUGGGGAACUCAAGCAGUCCCCAGCUGGCCCCACGCUCCCUGCUUUUGAGCUCUUGUACAUUUCAAAAGCAGGGAGAAUGGGGGCUCUCUGCUGGCUCUCUGCUCCCAUGGUGCUUCUGCUUUUGAAAUGAAAGAGCCCUGCUCUUGCUGCAUUUCAAAGGUGGAAA